UCUAGUCCCUCAGCCUAGCCUACUCCUAUUACUCCUCUUCCUCUUCCUCUGCGAUCCGUUAGUCUACGCCAUCACAACAUUUUCCCGCCCUGGUCUCGACCACCAUGUCUCGUCGUUACCCAACUGCCGAGCUCUACGAGGAGCGGCAGCGCGACUUCUAUCGCAACGGCGGCCGUGACCGUACCUAUGAUGAGCUCGAUGUAGAGCUCCGUCGCUCAGGUGACCCCCGCCGGAGUGCUCCCGACUUCUUCCACGACGACUACAACCGGUCUAGUGCAGGCCCUCUCGUCGUUCGUGGUGGCCAGAGGGACGACGAUACCGUCUCUCGAGCUCCCACCCAGCGUCGCGAGUUCGAACACGAUUCUCUGGUCAUCCGCGGAGGUAGCCGCCCGGCUCCCCCGCCUUCUUCAAGUGCCCGCAGCGAGGCUCCGCGCCGUCCCAGAGAGACGGAGCGGGAAGAAACCGACAUCACCAUUAGACGCCGCGAGCAGUCCCGCGCCAGGUCAGAGGUUCGUGAGCGAGACGACAUAGUAUUCCGUCGAGGCGAUGGCGCCCGACCACGACCCCGCGAGGUCGAAUUCGAACGUGAAGAGGUCAAGUUCCGCGACAGAUCCCCACCCAGGCGCGAAGUGGAACGUGACGAAUUCGUCUUCCGCCAUGAGCAUCGAGACGAAAGCCGCCAUGGCAGGGAACGUGAGGUGGAGAAGGACUCGUUGGUCAUAAGAGGCCGCGAGAGAAGCCUUCCCCCUCCCCAGCGCAGCCAGCUUGUAGCCAGGGAGCGAGAGGAAUUCGUCGUCAGACGUCGUGACCCGUCUCCACCACACCGUGAGAGGGAGGUUAUCAAGGACGAGAUCAUCAUCCGACGCAGGGAAGAACGCUCUCCUUCUCCUGCCCCGCUACCCCCACCUCCACCACCACCUCCGCCGGAGCCUGAAGUCAGGCCUCCGAUCAUUCAGGAGAUCAUCACCCAUCACCGUCACAUCGACCACGGAGUGGAACGAGCCCGAUCCCCAACUCCCCCUCCCCCUCCGCCAUCUCCACCACGUGAUGAGAGCCUAGAGAUUUCUAUUCGCCGUCGCGAGAGCCGUGGUGGUCGCGGAUUCGAAGAAGACAUCAUCUUUGAUAGCAAGCGAGACUUGGAGGUGAGCAGGCCUCGGGCCCGUUCUAUCGAAGCUCCCAGGCGGAGCUUCACUGCUCCCGCCGACUCCGACUUCGACCUCGAGGCCGAUUUCUACAACCGCAAGGCUCUUGAGCGCGCCUACCCUGGCGAAGCGUACAAUGGAGCGACUAAGGAUUGGGCCAUUGUAGACGUUCCACCAGGCACCAACCGUGUCCGCAUGGAUGGCAUCGGCGGCGGUGGUCAAGAGAUUACAUGGCAACGAUACAAUGGCGUGCGCCGCUCGAAAUUCAUCAGCGGAGAUGACGAGCGCGCGACUGACUUCGGCAUGCCUGGAUCGGGCAAGCCCAAGCCUAAGCCGAAGGAUAUGUGGACUGAGAUCACCAAGGAUCUGGUGAUCAAGGAGGCAAUUGAUUCCAUGGGCUACGAUUAUGAAGAAACCGACUAUUUCUUCUAUGUCAUGGAAUAUCUCCGAUAUGAGGAUGUCCUUCACUUGGUUGAGAUUUCGGAUGAUAUCCGCCGCAGGCGCAAGACCCGCAUUCGAGAGAUUGAGUUCGAACGAGAGGAGAUCCGCGAACGAAGACCGCCAAGUGGCUACGAUGAACGCUACUACGAGCACGAGGUUUCAUUCGACCACCGUCAUCGCCACCGAGGGGGCUUCAGAUGAGCAUGAGAACGUGCAUUCUUGUCUCAGAUCGCGUUGGUCUGAGAUUCUUUCGUGUCGCCCAGAUGCAGCGGUGUUCUCUUCAUGAUCCCUCGCUGGAUGAUUCAGGUGCGCCGGGGUGCUCAAGAGGGACAUUG